AGCUCUCCGCAGAUCUCACAGAAGGCGGAAUUCACGCGUUUUCAGGCACCUCUACCGCACCAAAACACAAUCAUGCAGCGAUUACUUGUCACUCUUUGCCUCGGCGCCGCGUCGGCGUUCGCGCCGCAAGUUUCGACGACGAACAGCCUUGUUAGGCUGCAGGCCAAUCCCAUCGACAUCUACAGCAGUCCUGCGGCGCGGAAUCGCGACUUCGUACAUUCGUGGGAGCGGCAGCAAUUGGACUACUUCGCGCUGCCAAUCGUCGCGCUGCCGGAAGCCCGGACAUCAAAGUUAGCGACGUGACGCCACCGCGCUCUGAGGCCGAUAGAGGAUCGAUUCCCGCGCGCAGGCGCGGCCGAGGACUGCUUGCAGGAGGAGUGCUCCGUCGACACGGUCCAGAUGCUCGUGGGCCAGCUCAAGACGCGCGAGCAGGAGCUCGCGAAGAAGGGCCGCAUCGUCGACUACGAGCGCGAGGCCGCACUCGCGGGCGUGCGCACGAUGAUCCACGACCUUGAAGGCGCCGACGCGGCGUCCUCGCUAUUUUCACGCCAUCGACGCGGCGGGGGGAUGGCGUUGCGGUAGGGUAGAAUUCCGACGCCAUCGACACGUGCCCGCGCAGGCCCGGCCGACCCCAACCCCGUAGUCCUUGCCGUCAAGGCCGCGUUCGACCUGAACAAGGCCAACGUCUACGUCAACAAGUGA